UUUGCAGAAAUCGUCAACCCAUUAUUUCGAGGGUGAGAAGACAAUAGACUUAUCGCCAUGUCCAUAGAAACCGUUCCCAAAGAUCUCCGGAAUUUGCGGGCAUGCCUUCUUUGCUCCCUUAUCAAGACCUUGGAGCAGUUUGAAAUGGAUGGAUGCGACAACUGUGAUCAGUUUCUGCAUCUCAAGCACAAUCGAGAAAAUGUGUAUGACUGCACCAGCUCUAGUUUUGAUGGGAUGGUUGCAGCUUGCAGUCCUCGGGACAGCUGGGCCUGCAAGUGGCAGAGAAUCAAUCGCUAUGUGCCAGGAGUGUAUGCCAUUUCAGUUUCGGGUCGACUGCCAUCUGGGAUCAUCCAGGAGCUACGAAGCAGAGGCAUCAUCUACAAAAGUCGUGACACAUCCUACCGCUGAUUAUUAUUAUCAGGCAGUAAUGGAUGUGAUGGAAAAUUCUUUUGAGGGUACUGUGCCAGUACUUUAUCAAGAAUGUGAUGUGAGGAUAUCUCAGGGUGGUCAAGACUUCUGCAACUGUAUUUUUGUCAAAAUGAUUUUGAAUAAUUAAAGAAGCAGUGUCUGUCAACUGAACAAAUUGAAAUUGAAAAAAAAAUUUUUUGAAGGUAC